AUGUGUUUCGGGGCUCGAACAAAAGAUGACGGCGGUGGUGCUCGUUCGCGCGACCUCGACCGCAUGAUCCGACAAGAUGAGAAGCGCCUAUCCAAAGAAGUUAAGCUGUUGUUGCUGGGUGCCGGAGAAUCUGGAAAAUCCACUGUCCUGAAGCAAAUGAAGUUGAUUUACGCACAAGGUUUCAGCAAGAACGAAAAGCUCGAAUGGAAGCCGGUCGUGUUCAACAACAUUAAGCACAUGGCGCAUAUCUUGGUGGAACACGAGAUCAACGCCCAAGACCCUCUCCCGCGCGAUUACCUGCAACCUGUCAAAGAACUCUGGGUCGACAGUGGUGUCAAGCAGGCAAUAGCAAAGGGCAACGAGUUCGCCCUCCACGACAACCUGGCAUACUUCUGUGACGAUUUGGACCGCAUUUGGGAUGCGAGCUACGAGCCCACAGACCAAGAUUUAUUGCGAUCAAGACUGCGAACCACGGGAAUCACCGAAACGGUUUUCGACCUCGGUCAACUGACAUACCGCAUGUUCGACGUCGGUGGCCAACGUUCAGAACGGAAGAAGUGGAUCCACUGCUUCGAAAAUGUCAAUUGCUUGCUCUUCCUUGUCGCCAUCAGCGGAUACGAUCAAUGUUUGGUUGAGGACAAGGACGGCAACCAAAUGAACGAAGCGCUCAUGCUCUGGGAGUCGAUUGCCAACUCGCACUGGUUCACGAAGUCUGCCCUUAUCCUCUUUCUGAACAAGAUGGAUCUCUUCAAGGAGAAGCUCCCUAACAACCCAAUCACGUCGCACGGUUUCACGGAUUACCACGGCCCCGCCGAAGACUGGAAGUCUGCCAGCAAGUACUUCUUGGACAAGUUCCGCGCCCUCAACCGAAACACCGAGAAGGAAAUUUACGGACAUUUCACGAACGCCACUGAUACGAACCUGCUCAAGAUCACGAUGGGCUCGGUCCAGGAUAUGAUUAUCCAGCGCAACCUCAAGCAGCUGAUACUAUAA